UUCUGCAAGCUCCUUCGAAACAGCUGCUGCAGAGAUUUUUAUUUUUUCUUUCCUGCUUUUGAGGUCUCUCUCGCCGUCUUUGGGGAUUCGGCACUGCCUUUUCUCUGUGCAAAUUGGUGGCGCAUUAAAAGCGGGGCUUUUACUGAGCUAAUAUUGGUUUUAAAGGGACGCGGAGAGACAUUUGUAGCUUGAGAUUUUGCCCAUUAUUUGGACGCAGUUAAGGCUCUUCCCCACCUGCUAAAUCUUGGGAUGAAGAAUACUUGACACUCUGUUUUCUCAACCGUACUGGCCUCCCUCUAAUCGUGCGCUCUUUCUCAGUCUUUCUCUCUUUAAAGCCACUAAUUUGUCAUUCUGAAAACAAGGAAAAGGUGAUAUUACUGUCAUUUUGUGUGGAAGACAGAUCUGCGGUUGCUUCAAUGUUUUCGCGAAAGAGACCUCUCGAAGAAGGAAGUUGAAAGUGAUCUACCGGGAUUUAGACGUUGCCUUCGGAGAAAAACGGAGACAAUGUUGCCUCAGAAGCAAGCAGAGGAAGCAAUAGUUCCCAACAUUAGUGAGACAGAACACGAGGGCAAGGAUGAAGAGAAGGUGGAAGAACAUUCCGUGUUCAGUGUCAAGAACUUUCUCUGGCAUGGUGGUUCUGUCUGGGACGCAUGGUUCAGCUGCGCUUCCAAUCAAGUUGCGCAAGUGCUAUUAACACUUCCUUACUCUUUCUCUCAACUGGGAAUACUAUCAAGAAUCUUGCUUCAGGUAUUCUAUGGAAUAAUGGGAAGCUGGACGGCUUAUCUGAUUAGCGUACUCUAUGUAGAUUACAGAAGCCGAAAGGAGAAGGAAAACGUCAGCUUCAAGAACCAUGUGAUACAGGUUGGUUCUGCUUCUCAGAAUCACCAGCAUGGUCAUAAAAUAUUCUUCCAAGUAAUAUCACUCCUUUUAUUAUAUAUAGAUCAGAUCGAUCACCUUUCAUGAUCAUUUUGGUAUUAAAAACUCGAUCUCACCUCUUAUAAAUAAUUUCUUCUAUAUA